UCCCAUAGGAACUGGUCAACUAGCAGGGAUUGAUAAAGACAAAAGCAUGAUAUACUUGUCUGACUAUAUAAGAUAUCUAACAAUGUCCAAAUGAAUACAAAGUAUUCUGCGAGGAAUUUUCCCUUCAGAGUCCUAUGGGGUAAAGACUAGUGGAGCAGCAGCAACACCUGUGUUUCACUAAGAGUAGAGACACAGGACCAUCAACAUCUUUUUUGGCGUCUCUCAAUAAUUCGACUUCCCCUGAACUUCGACGCCCAACCGCUCUCCAUCCUCUCCCUCCCCGUGAUAUCUCACCUUUUGCCGCCGACCGGCAUCCUUCGGUGUUGUUGGUGCAGUCGAUGCGCCCGUAAGGCCCAAUCAGCGCCGCCAAGCACACAUCGCAAGGUGAUAUCGGGUUCCCCGCCGCUUAGCUUCGCGCUUCUUUCUUCUCCCAUCAGCGUGCUCGCCUGGCCCUGGUCUUGCCUCUUGUCGGCUGCUUUGUCGCUUCUUACCCCUUUUCUCCAUAUUUUGAUACUCUCGUUCGAACUCCCUCGUGUUCCAGAUCUCUCAAACCAGCGGCAAAUCCAUCUCCCCCCUUCUCAGCGUCAUGGCGGAUCAGUUCAAGGCUCGGACGUUGAAACGAAAGAACGUCAAAGGCCUUGCCCUCAAUGCAGCCCCCAAAGCGACUUCAAACCCUUCCGAUGGCGACGCCCAGGUCCCAGGUGCCAUUGGAAAUGUCGACAGCAACCGCACAGAUACCCUAGAGAUUGGGUUGGAAUUCCGGUUGGAUCUGCGGAGUGAGGACUUGGUGACGCUGAAGGAGCUCGGCGCUGGUAAUGGCGGUACCGUCUCGAAAGUGAUGCACGCGUCGACCAAAGUUGUGAUGGCUCGAAAGGUCAUCCGAGUCGACGCCAAAGAGAACGUGCGGAAACAGAUUCUACGAGAACUUCGAGUAGGACAUGAAUGUAACUCGCCACAUAUUGUGACCUUCUACGGUGCCUUCCAGAAUGAGGCCGGAGACAUUGUCCUGUGCAUGGAAUAUAUGGAUUGCGGAUCUCUUGAUCGUAUCUCCAAGGAUUUCGGUCCCAUUCGAGUGGAUGUUCUUGGUAAGAUCACCGAGUCAGUGCUUGCUGGUCUUGUUUACCUAUAUGAAACCCAUCGCAUUAUGCAUCGCGACAUCAAACCAUCUAACGUUGUGGUCAACUCGCGUGGCCAAAUCAAGCUUUGCGAUUUCGGUGUUGCAAGUGAGACGGUUAACAAUUCUAUCGCCGAUACCUUUGUCGGUACCUCCACCUACAUGGCCCCCGAGCGAAUUCAGGGAGGUGCCUAUACGGUCCGCUCGGAUGUGUGGAGUGUGGGUUUGACGGUGAUGGAGUUGGCCGUUGGACGUUUCCCAUUCGACACUUCCGACUCCGCUGCCGGAGACCGGGCCAGUGCCGGUCCUAUGGGUAUUUUGGAUCUACUCCAGCAGAUCGUUCACGAGUCCGCUCCUAAGCUGCCUAAGAGUGACGCUUUCCCGCCCAUUCUGCAUGACUUUGUUGGCAAGUGUCUUCUGAAGAAGCCUGAGGAACGACCAACACCACGGGAGCUUUACGACAAGGAUGCCUUCUUGCAAGCAGCCAAGCGCACCCCAGUGGACCUGCAGGAUUGGGCCAUCAGCAUGAUGGAGCGGCAUAAUCGCAAGUCCUACCUAGCACCCCCAGCUCCCAAGUCGCUCAAGGAGACCACCAAUUCCAUAUCAAAUUCCUCAUCACCGGUACCCUUGGCCGCACCUCCUCCGCCUGCCCCCAAGCCCGCGCCCAUCAGCAAAUCCUCGCGCACUCCUCAAUUGCAAUCUUACCCGCAAGCACAAUCGCCUUAUCAUCCCUCCUCGGGUGAAAUUCCCUUGAACAUUGCCAACGACUACCCAACUCCCAACCGUCACUACGCCCCGCAGGCACAGGCUCAACAACACCACUACUACUCCAACCCUCACUCUCGCUCCACACAAUCCCCCACGAUUCAGUCUCUGGAACAUCUCUCUCUUGAGACCAAGGACGAUGAAGCCCGGUACGGCCGUCGCCCAAUGCGUCAUCUCGGUGACCCCGUUUCCGCCGUCGAGGCUCCAUCUCGACCUUUUAUGAGCCCGCGCUCUGUAAGCUCACACAAUGCCAAGUCUCGCACUAAUUUGACUUCAACCACGCUGCCUAUUCGAGCUGCUCCUCCGCCCUCACAUGCCCCUCCCCCUCCACCUGUCUCGGCCGGUGGAAGUUGGCGCGGCUAUCCCGGUCAAAUGCCAUCAUCGUGAGAGAUGAGAGUCAUAGUGAAGACUUGAUGCCGAUAUGCCAUCCUCUUGAAAUGAAAAUUAUGGCGAUGAUCCGAACAGAAUGUGGUUUGCAUAUGCACAUGAAUUUUUUGCGCCCGUUUAUCUCUUUGGUUAUUCCCCUUUUGGUUUGUCUCAAGACCAGAUACUAUCUAUUUUGAUCCAGACCAUCGCCUGGUUCUCCUCAUAUCUAUUGUUCCUGGGUAGCCUAUUUGGCCUCAACUUUCCUAUCCCUGGCACCUCUGUACGGGAAGGAACGACAGCGCAGGCUGAGUACCUUUCCAAUUCCUCUACUUUUGGGUUUUACAGCAUUCUUUUUUCUUCCCAUUUCAUUGCCUUUGUUCACUUCUAUUACCCCAGCCUGUGUGGACUCUUUUUUAACUUCAUCACCUUUCUCUUUUCUCCCUUUCUUCCGAUGAUUUGACUCGAUUCAUGGCAACGACAACCACGACCGUGCCCCUUUCUACUCACAUUUCUUUCUUCCUUUUCCCUCCUACUCUACUUCAUCUGUUCCUUUUCUUCUCUUGCUCAGAUAUGUUUCUGCAUGAACCGGCGUACAUAAAUUCAAGUCUUUUGAUGAAACUACACUUUUAACGCUUAUUCAUGGUAAAUCGGCUGCCGGAAUGGCCACUUCAGACGCCGGUUGAAGCUCCCCUAUUACAUAAAUCUUCGUUAUAAUAUCGCUAGUGCGUAUGUAAUCUUGGUGACGGUAAAACUACCGGCCCCGGGAAAUGCGGGAUCGGCUCCCGGAGCACAGAAUGGAGUCAAGAAGUCACCUCGCCGCCCUGAGCAACCUGAUCGCUCCAACGCUCAGACUGAUCAUUCGACCUCAUUCUGCCUCUCCGGUGAAUUGAGAUCCUCCGACGGUAACCGCACUGCUACCUGCUCUCUUCCGGUGCUCCUGGGAGCAAUGGGUAGAAUAUCUUCCACAGUCACCCUUGUUAGGGCGGGUGACGAAGUUUGUCGUGCAGCAUCAUGUGAGAGUUUAUUCUAGAGUAUUCAUGCAGGCUGCGACCGAAGCCACUGCUCCAGUUCCCAGACAUUUGCACCAAUGAUUCGCUUGUCUUCCCUGCCAUCCCUCAUUAGGAUGAAGGUGGGCAUGGAGGUAAUUUGGUAUUCCAUCGCAGUCGCCUUGGCUGAAUCUAUAUCAACCUGAAGGAACCGAACGUUCUGGUACUUCUCGCUCAGGGCACCGAUCUUAGGGGCAACCUCCUUGCAAGGGCCGCAAUAAGUCGCAUAGAAGUCAACGAGGACAGAACCGGAAGCGAUGAGAGUCGCGAAGACGUUAGGGCUGUUUGUGAAAAGUUAGAAAAUCUCGGGGGACAUGUUCGAGAACCGGAACCCGUUCGCUUCGCUCCAUAUAUGGAAAAGGAAAGUUUGCUCACUUGUCAGCAUUGCACACCAACCCGUGUGUAGGUGCAGCAGGGGCACCGGGUGUUGUCUUAAGCCACUGCUCAAGCUCCCACACAUUUCCGCCGAUAACGCGCUUAUCCUCCUCACCGUCCUGCAUCAGAACGAAAGUAGGCAUCGCCGUUACUUGAUAUUGCCGAGCGACUGUUUUCAUGACCUCGAUAUCGACCUGGAGGAACCGGACAUUUUGAUAGUUCUCGGCGAGAGCACUGAUCUUAGGGGCCACUUGCUUGCAAGGUCCGCAGUAGGUUGCAUAGAAAUCAACGAGGACUGGACCGGAGGAUAUGAGCACUUUGAAGGUUUGAG